AUGGCGCCUGUUCUCUCCUCCGCGCCGCGGUUAUUCGCCGGACUUUCCCCCACCGCCCCCUCCUCUACCUCAGCGCGGCAGCAGCAGGAACCGCUCGAUCUUAACGCGCGGCGCCGCCUCGAGAUCGACGCGCAGGGCCGCCCGUCUACCGCUUCCGCCGCCGGCACUUCCCCUUCCGUGCAUCCCCCGCAUAUGCGGCACCCCGCCGGCCGGCACAGUGACCCAAAUGUCGCCGCUGUCUUUGCCGCGGGCGCCGCCGGCGGCAGCGCUUCUGCUUCUGCUGCCGCCAGUGGCGGCGGCAACGGGGGUGGCGGCGCAGGGUUAGGAGACGCGGGAGCGGCGGCGAAUGCGGAGAGUGAUAUGGAGACGGAAUUGACGCUGCACCUAGACUUCGACCGCAUCUUUCGCAAGAGCUCCAGCGGCCGAUUGCCGUCGUCUGCGAAAGGCUCUGCGACAGUCCCUGCGACGCCGCCGCUGUCGUCCAAGACUCCCAAGAGCAUCCACGAGUGGCCCGAGGACGACGUCGCGACGCCCGGCGACGUCGCAACUCCCGCUGCAAGCACAUCUGCGUGGUCUCCUCUUCCCAAAACAGCCGGAGCGCGCGGAUUUAACUCAGGGAGCGACUCGGACAGCGAGAGAGGGCUAGUGACGACAUCGUCCUCGGGCGCGCCUCGGGGAGCUACUAGUAUUGGAGCGAAAGAAGGUGCACUUGGCGCGUCGCGAAGGGAUGUUCGGCCGCGUGACUUGCGGCGGGACGGCAGUUCGAGCCGCUCUGGCAGCGCCGCGGGGAGCGGCAGCGGCAGCGGAAGCGGAAGCGCGUUCGCAGCAACGGGGGAUCUAGAGGCCGAGGCGCGAAGGGUCGCGUUGCCUGAGUCACCCCUGGCCGGCGGACAGGCGGGGCUAGAACGUGCCGGCCGCGGCGGGCGCGGCGGGCGGAUUGGCGCAAUGGUCGGCGCAGUGGCGGUCGCGGCGCUGGGGAACGCCGCGCGGUCGGCUGGCGGGGGACGGCGGAUGUUCAAGAGCAAGUCUCUCACCGAUCAGCGCUUCCCGCACGCGGCCGCAGCGGCAGCGGCGGCGGGCGCUGGGGGACCGAGGAAUCCCGCGACGGCGGGCGCAACGUCCGCGCUUCCGCCAGUGGCAGCAGGGUCGUCGAGGCGCGCGAUAAAGAGCGUUUCGCUGUCAGAGUCCGCCUGGGCUUCCGGCGGCGCAGGCGCGGCGGCCAACGCGGUCCUCGGGGGCCGCCCGCCGGUUGCGCCGACAGCGGCGUCCGGUGCUGCGUCGCGGGGAGCGGCGGACGGCGCAGGCGCAGAGGCGGGUGCGCCAGGGAGUCCGCUGCUGGGCGGAGCGGCGCGCUGGACCUCCGGCAUGGGGAAGCGGAAGAGCAAGUCGGGUCCGGUGCGGCUGCGCAAGGGGCAAGCUGCGGCUUUAGCCGCCGUAGCAGCCGCGCGCGCGGCGGGGAGCAGGGGAGAGCUUAGUGGCGCGUCUCCUCCUCCGCGGAGCCUCCUCCUCCGCAGCUUGGACCUGGAUGCGCGCGCGCAUGAGCCGCGCAUUCCGCCGCGCGCGGCGGAGGCGCCGGCCGUUCCGAAGCUGCGGAAUGCUGGCGGGAGCAAUGGCGGCGAUGCGGUGGAAGGAUUCGAGAAUCCCCUGUUUAAGCAGAGCGAGGUCAAUGCCGACGCGGGGAUUGCGCCGCCGGUGGCGCCGCCACCAGCGGGAGCAGCGGCGUUGGUGGUGGGAAUGGGGGACGGAGGAAACGGCGCGACAGACGCGUCCGUGGAUGGUUCUUUGAGCGAGAGAGGAGGAGAGCGGGAAGGAGAUGGCGGAGGCGACGCUGGGAAAGGCGGAGGCGGAGCAAGCGCAGAUGGCGGAGUAAGCGCAGGCGGGUUCUCUAUUCCGCUUCUACCCUCCCCGACACUGCCCGCGCCAGCGACGGCCACGGCUAGCCUAUGGACCCACGGGCUGGGCAGGCGCAAGAGCAAGUCGGGGCCGCUGCGCCCGCGCAAGGCGCAGGCUGGCGGCGCAGGCGCGGGCGGAGGAGGAGGAGCAGGCGCUGGGGAAGUUUCACGCGAGGGUGGGGAUCUGAGCGCUGCCCCUCCCGCUGCGCCCCCUUCCCUGGCGGGCGAGGGGCGCCAGCAUGUGCGCGAAAUGGGGGGAGGAUUGGCGGAAGCGGGGGAGGUGGGCGUGGGGGGAAGUGGCUAUCUGGAAGAGAUGAGAAUCAGCGGCGGAGGAGGAGGGGGCGGGGGCGGGCAGUAUGGCAGUGGUAUCCGUGUUGGUGCUGCUGAUGGUGGUGGUGAUGGUGGUGGUGCUAGUGUUGGCGAUAAGGCGAGCAGGAACGCGUUUUGGAACUAUGGCAUGGGCAGGAGGAAGAGCAAGUCAGGCCCGCUGAAACCCCGCAGGCGAGCAGCCCCAGGAGCAGCAACAGCAGCAGCAUCAGGAGGAGGAGAAGCAGGAGCAGGAGCAGGAGCAGGAGCAGGAGUAGGCGGCGUAACAGGAGGUAAAAGAGGAGGAGGAGGAGAAGGGGCCAGCAGCGGGACCGGACUGGGUGCGGUGGCGGAAAGCGUGGUUGACGCACGGGCGAGAGCGCGGAGGGCGCCGUCCCCUCCCCCUCGCCUCUUCUCCAGAAGCCACACGGACUUUGGGGCAGGCAGAGAGCGGCAGGGAGGGUGGAAGGCGUUUAUCAGCGGCGCCGCAUUAUCAUCGUCGUCAUCAUCAGCGGCGGCUGCUGCGGCGGCGGCAGCGCGUCCUGCCAUGCACUCGCCGCUCUUCUCGCCCGACCCCUGGGGUAGCAUUCAGGAGCCUUUCUCUGAUGCUGCUGCUGCUGCUGCUGCUGCUGCUGCUGCUGCCUCGCCUGUGCCUCGCUUCCCACCUGGCUCGGCUGACUCCGCCUUGCUGCUCCUUCCUGGCAUUUCCUCCGCCCCUGCUGCUGCUGCUGCUAACCCUGUUGCUGGUACUCCCAGUAUCGUAGGUUCUGCAGGAGGAGGAGGAGGAGGAGGAGGAGGAGGAGGAGGAAGUGGGGUUGGUACCACUCCCGAGCCUGCUGUCGCAUACCACCGUGGCUCUUACGGUGGUGGUUCCUGGGAUCUUACUGCUGUUGAACGCCCCUCGGCUCCGCCCUUCCCCCCCUCGCUCUUCCCCAAGUCCCAGUCCCACCCUGACGACCACACAGAGCGAUACAAGCACCGGCACAGGCUCGUGCAUAUGGGCGGCUUGCAGGGCCACGCGCAGGGGGAGCGCGGGGGGCGCGGGGAGGGCGCGGGGCAUGGGGAGCGGGGCCGUUUUGAGGGGCUUCAGGGUAUGAUGGGGGGGCUGCAUGGGGGGGUGGGAGGAGUUGGGGGUGGUGGGGGGCGAGUGAGGCGCAACAGUGACGGUAGUGUGGUGGGCGUGUCAAGGGGCUUUCAGCCCGGGUGCAAUCCGCUCAUGAGCGCUCUCAUUGGCAGAGGCGCUGGCUUUGCCGCCGCUUCUCCUGCUGAUUCUCCUGCUGCUUCUCCUGCUGCUGCUGUGGAUAAUGGUAUUUAUGAUGAGGAGUAUGGGAUUCCUGCCGGGACCUCUCGUGCAUCAGCAGGAGCAGCAGCGUUCCUGAGCGUGGCUCAAGCGCCGUCGGGCCGAGCUGCGCUGCUGCUCGAAGCAGAGUCUGGCCUCAUUGUUGCGGCUAGCCCUGCUGCCGUCGCACACGCAUUCCCUCUCUCUGCUGCUGCUGCUGCUGUGUUGAAAAGCGCUGCUGCUUCUGCUCCUUUUGCAGCUGUUGCUGGUGAUGGUGGUCUUGUUCACGAUACUGUGGCUGGGGUCACGAGGAGAGGUGAAGCUAGGGGGGUGAGCGGCGUUGAAGGGGCAUUGGGGAGGGAGAGGGGGAGCGAGAGAACAAGGGAGAGGGAGAGGGAGGUGCAGCUGGAGGGGAGGCGAGUGUGGGAGCUGAGUGGGGGGCGGAUGCGGCCUCUGGACUGGCACAUGGCCACGGAGGCUCUGGAACGAGCCGAGUCCGUCAAGAUCAGGUUCCGUUUCACAUCCCUAUCAUCGUUCGGCCCACACUCUCUCCCUCACUCGUCCCAGCCCACUCCUCUCACCGGCUCUGCCUCUUCCUCCUCCGCCGCCCCCGACGCUCCACCUCUGCACGCGCAAGUGGUGGACCUGCAGCUGUGGCGCGCUGUACAGGUGGCAGGCAGGAAUUGGCUGGUGAUGGGAUGGCUAGAGGCUGUGGAGAGAGAGGAGCGGGGCCGGCUGGGUACUCUCGAGGAAAGGGGCAGUGGUAGUGGAGGGGAGGAGGAGGAGGAUGAGGAGGAGGAUGAGGAUGGGGAUGAGGAUGAGGAUUUAUGGGAGAAGGUACAGGUACGGGCUCAGUGGUACCAGCAACGUGAGCAUGGGGUAGAGCGAAAGCGAGGGGAGCAAAGGCAAGGGCAGCAGGGGCAGCAGGGGGAGCAGGGGGAGCAAGGGCAACAGGGACACCGGCAGGGGGAGGAGGGGGGGCAGCAGAAGGAAGGAGGGGUGGGGGAGUCGGAAGGAGGGCAGCAGCGGGGUGGGAUGUGGGCGGGUAGGCCAAGGGGUGGCAUCAUGUGCAGCAGCUUUGGCAGCAGCAGCACCGGUGCAUGGGGAUAG